AUGCCGCUCAUGAGCCGCACUAUGUUUCGGUCACUUCAUCUCUACCUGCAAGUCUGUCUCAUGCUGCUGGGACUGGAACCCCAGAAGCACACGGCCACGGCCGAGAAGCGUCUGGCUCGGGUGAACUACUGCGGUGGUCGGGUGCUGGGUGCUCACCAUCGAUACCGAUCUGCGCCUGCCCGGAGCGUUCUGGAGUGCGCCACCUUUUGCGGGGCUGACCCCGGGUGCCAGGCCGUGGUCUUCGAUGCCAGUGCCGCCUGGUGUCACCUGGGCAACGUCAUUGCCAACAGCGAUUGCUCCAACAUGGAGCUGGCUACCAGCGGAAUGACGCAUUACCAGACUAGGCGGACAGGGGCUGAUGAAAGCCUGCAUGUAACAGUCACAACCGGCAGAGACAAAGAUCCGAGUCUUAUGUCAAAUGACGGCCUCUUCACUCACCUGUACCUGUCUGUCUCUGCAGGUAGAUCCCCAGCUGAGCAACCACAGGUGUGCGGAGCGAACCAGGUGUUACAGGGAGCAACGUGUGAAUGUGCCCCUGGCUACCGUGGGAAUCCGUGCACCGCCUAUAUUGGGGACUGCGAAGACCUGAGGACGACAGGGGUGACAGCCGACGGAGUUUACUCCAUCUUCCCGCUGCAGGCUUGGGAGUCUUUCCCCGUCUACUGCAGCUUCAAGAGCAAGGCCCGCACCUGGAUCAUGGAGCGGUACAGCCCCAACUUCAGCUUCAACCUCACCUGGGCAGCCUACCGAGACGGGUUCGGUUCUCUAGCCGGCGACUACUGGCUGGGCCUUCAAAAAAUCCACUUGCUAACUACCAGCAAAGCUUACUCAUUACGGGUGGGGGUCAAACUCAAGAACAGCACCACCCUCUAUCAAACCUACAACAAUUUUGCGGUGGCGGACGAAAGCAACUACUUCCGCCUAUCUGUCGGCCCCUUCUCGUCGACCGACGACCUCGGCAACUGCCUGCAACCUCUCAACGGUUCUUCCUUCAGCACUCACGACAGCGACCACGACGGCGAAGACGCCAUCAACUGCGCGGCGCAGCGCUCGGGUGGAUGGUGGUUCCGCAGCAUCACAUGCAGCACGUGCAACCCCACAGGGCUGCUGGGGCAGCAAGGGCUGGGUGGCGACAACGAGGCGUUCUGGACAAGCGACAAGGGACGCCUGACGCCCCUAAAGAUCUCGUUUUAUUUGCAGACCAUGUGACCAGUGACCGUACAGAAAAAGUUCUCUUGGCAACACAUGACGUCGCUCAAAGAGGUCAACUGUCAGGUCUCAGCGAGUCCUUUGAACCCUGACCCCCUAACCCUGACAUUUUUUUAAUGUCAAUUAGAUACUUAUUCUAACUUAUUAUUAUUAGUGGUGGUAGAACUUGACUUUCUCAAAUUAAAAGAUAACGAAUUUUUUACAUACCAUAAUGCUCGAGAAUAAAACACCUCCGUCAACACGAGAGCUCACAUCGUCUGUUUUUCUUUUUAGUGUUGAUAGUGAAACGUGAAGUUCAUGCUAAAAACCUCAUUUUAAAAGUAAAUUUAGAAGAAAUUUAAAGUUUAUACUUCACUGUCUGUCUCCAUUCGGGUAGGCGAUGCCGAUGUUACUUUUGUUACUUCAUGCUUCUCAUUGGUGUGAACAAUGUACAAAGUCUUCGUCCGACCAUUCAUCCGCAUCUCUCUCUCGUUGCUAUGCUAUCUCUCGGUGUCUCAAUCUCUCCACGUCUCUCUCUCUC